AUGAUUGUUAAAUUAAAUAUAGAAAACGAAAAUGGUUCCGAAAAUGUCCAUAAAAUUAAAUUUAUUCAUAAAAUAAAUGGAUAUUUAGUUUACAUUGUUACUAAAAUUAACCUUAUUAUUGGAGCAGAUAUGUAUGAGAAAAAAUAUAUAAUUUAUGAAAAUAAUAUAAUGGGAUAAAAAUAUUGGUGGGCUAAAGCUAUUGGUGGACUUUAUAUUUUUUAAAUUUUUAUAAGAAUAAUUUUUGAAAUUGUAUAUUAAAUAGAACCUGAUAUAUUAAAAAGGAAAAAAUCUGAAUAUAAAGAAAUCGAAAAAUCAAAAGAAUAAGAUGAAUUAAUGGAAAGGUUAAAUAAUAAUGUUCCCAUCCAUGAAAUUAACAAAGAAUUUCCAAAUCUCUUGUAUUUAAUUUUAGGAAAAAGUGUAUAUGAUGUUACUGAAAUUUAGCAUCCAGGAGGAUAGUUUAUUUUGAAACACUUAAAAGGCAAAGAAAUAAGCCGUUAUUUUUACGGAGGAUACUAAUGUGAAUAAACUAAAAUGCAGCCUUAUAGGCAUUCACUUUAUGCUAAUAAUUUUAUCUAAAAUUUCUAUAUUGGUGAUAUAAAAAUUGAUUUUAAUCCUUUUAUUUAAAUAGAAAAUGUAUCUUAACUGGAAAAUUCUUUACCAAAAGAGUGUUGGAUAUUGGAAGAAUCAAGAGAAAUAACAUAAUAAUAUAAAGUACUUUUAUUCCAUAACAGACAUUAUAAAAUAAAAAAUUAUAUUCCUGGAGUUAGAUGGUUUGGAAAAAGUGCUACUAUAUAACCAUAUAUUGAUUCCUUUAAAAUAAGCCCUAGAAAUUAUUCAAUAGUAAUUGCAUAUACUGAUGAUAAUAUAGCUUACAGGAUAGAAUUAAUGCGUUAUUUUUAGUAUAAAAUGAUGGAAAUUUCGAAUAUUAGUUAAUUAUCGGUUAACGGAGUAUAAAAUGUUCCUUAACUUAGUAAUGAAUAUUCGACCUUGAUUCCUUUUUUGAUUAAAAAAUAUACAAAAAAUACACUUAAUGGCUUAUCCAAAUUCUUGCAUAUAGGAUGUCAUAAAUUAUAUAAUAUAGAUGGUCCAAUUGGGUAAGGUUUACAAAUAAAUGAAUUUAGUGAUGGAGAUCAUAUUAUAUUUGUUGCAGGGACUGGAGUUUUACCUUUUAUAGAUUUACUUGAUUAUUUAUUAAAGAAAGUUAUUUAUACAGUAAUAAAAGCUAACUUUGGUUAAUAAGAAGCUAAUUUAAUAAAUCCUUAUGGAGAAAAGUAUGAAUAAACUUUAUAGAAUAACUUCAGAAUAAAGUUUUAUGGAUGUUUUGAAAGCAAAAGUAUGUUCUAUGGUUAUUAAAUUGUAUCAGAUCUUUAUAUGUAUUUUACAUUGGUUUGA